GCAUCCAAAAAAAUUCGUGAAUUUCAUGUUUGGUGAGAAGGGGAACCACCUCCACGCCACCAGACGCGCACUGCAACAAAAUCUCAUCAACACCCGAGCCGCAAAUCGCCCGAUCAAUCAAGCAUGGAAGCAUCUCAAGAUCAACCGAUGCAGGAGGCGCCUGAAGAAGUCUCCUCCACAUUACCUGUGUCCGUCGAUGAGCAACGCGCUCUGGACCUCUACGACAAGCUGCAAGAACUUCGUCUGGAAAUUGCUAUCAUCAACGCGCAAAAGUCGCUACAAGGAGCAGUAGACGAAGAUGUUUACACCGAAGAGGCUGCCGCGACCGCGCGCAAUGAGCUCUCAGACGCGCGCGCCCGCUACCUGCUGCGCAACCAAAUUGUAGAUUCUGUGUUAUCGACAAACCCGAUCCUGAAGGCCGUACACAACGGCACAGAAGCCUCACCCGUUGAAAGGGAUCUGCUGCCGUACGUCCAGCAGCGUGACGAGAUGGCCAUCGCAGUGGCCAAUCUGGCCACCUCACGAGGCAGGACGCGAGAGGAGACUACAACGAUACAAACAGAAGAGCUUCGGGCUUCAAACCAGAACGUGGCACUCGCUGCACAAGUGCUACAACUCGCCGCCAAGCUGGAGCAGAAACGUUCGGCCUACUUGGAGGACGACGACGCACAACAGGCCAUACGUGAGAUUGGCAAUGGCCUCAAGGAAAGCCGAAAACGCUGGAGAAUGAUCAAGGGAGUUACAGCAGGCGUAGUUGCUGGCAGUGGCGUAGAUUGGGCGCGAGAUGAGGUACUUGGUGAGCUGGUCUUGGACCCAGAAGACGAUAUGUGAGCGUCUUGAGCUUCUCAACAUUCGGCUCGCGUCAUUAGGGACCUUUCAACUACAAUACCAAAGACGGACACGCGGAUGAGUUGCAUGUUCCCCUUUGCAUCGAUGGAUAAAGCGCGUUGGCUCCCCCCGGAAUGCCUCCCUUCAUUCGGCAGCGAAGUGUGGCUGACCAGCAGCUCUUGCUAUGAAGGGAACAAAACCGUAAGAUAUGCUCCACCU